GGAAAAUGUGGGUGUAGUCUGGUGCUUGCUUUCAUGCAUGUGAUAAUCUGCGAGAGCUAAUCGGGCACAUGUCGGGAAAAAUCUUCAUCCCUUGUCAACAAUUCUGCAAGCACAAUGUCGUACGGUCAGACACCAGGCUACGGAGCCCCACCUCCUGGGCAGCAAGGUUACGGAGCCCCACCCCCAGGGCAGCAAGGUUACGGAGCCCCACCCCCAGGGCAGCAAGGCUAUGGAGCCCCACCCCCAGGGCAGCAAGGCUAUGGAGCCCCACCCCCUGGGCAGCAAGGCUAUGGAGCCCCACCCCCUGGGCAGCAAGGCUACGGAGCCCCACCCUCAUCACAGUACAGACCCCAAGCACCAGGCCAGCCUGGGUAUGCACCACCAAGGGGACAACCCGGGUAUGGUGCCCCCGCUGGGUAUGGCGCACCACCGGCAGGGCAACCUGGCUACGGUGCCCCACCACCUGGUCAAGCUGGUUACGGUGCCCCUUCUGGCGGCUACGGCCAGCAAGGUUACGGAGCACCAGCUGGGGGGCCACCCCCUGGUGUUGACCCGACGGUCUACCAGUGGUUCUUAGCUGUUGACCAGGACAGGACAGGCAGCAUCACUGCCAUGGAACUCCAACAGGCACUGACCAACAACAACUGGUCCCACUUUAACGCCGAGACAUGCAGAUUAAUGAUAGGGAUGUUUGACAGAGAUAACAACGGUACAAUCAACCUGCAAGAGUUUAGUUCCCUCUGGAUGUAUAUCCAGCAAUGGAGAGGAGUCUUCGAGCGCUACGACCGUGACAGAUCGGGCAACAUUGAUGCGCAGGAAUUGAUGACAGCAUUGAACGAGAUGGGCUUCCGUGUCAGCUUGAACUUCUGCCAGGCAACCAUCAUCAAGUAUGAUCGGCUAUCGCGGCGCUCAGUCAAAUUUGAUGACUUCAUCCAGAUCUGUGUUUUACUGCGCUCACUGACAGACGCCUUCAAGCAACGGGACACAAAUCUCAACGGCAAAAUUCAAAUCAACUAUGAAGACUUCAUGAGCCUUGCAAUGUCUUACAAACCAUAAUCACUGCUCAUUAUUCACAAUUCGUAAUAGGCCAUGACAGAUAAUUAACUAUUCAGAUGUUCAAUCAAUUAUUGAAUAUUCAAAUAUAUAUUUUUGAAAUUGAAUAUUUGGAAGUGGAAGUUAGUUAAAUACAAAAGGGAAAAAUGUAGUUGUCUGGCUACUAACAUGCAUUAAAAGCAUAUUUGUUACACGUAAACUUAAAGGCAGCUGAUUGCAUAUGCCCCACAUUUAUAUUAGGCUAAAAAAUAAUUCCUUCGGUUUUGUCUUUUUUUUAGUUUUAUGUAUGUAUAAAUCAUGGUUUUGUUUUCAGUUUUUAUGGGGAAUCAAACAAUUAAUCAGUUGAAUGGAUUCUUGAAUAUUCAAACAUUCAGUUUACUGGUAUUUGAAUUAUAUCAGCCUUAAGACAGAAAGCUGCAGCCAAUACCUUGCACCUACAUAUUGUUUCAAACAAAAUUGCAGAUAAAAAUCCAAAUAGGAUUUUACUCGGUUGCCUGUCCGUCACAAGAGGGCGCUCCCAGUAAUAAUAUGUGGCCCUGUACCUUGUUUUCAUAAGAUCAUCCAUUGAAUAAAUUUUUCUUAACUUUCACCAGAGUUUGCACAAAAACUGUAAUGCUUUUGAAUUUGCAAGGGUCCAAAACAGCACUGGCAAUGGCCUACAUAUCUCUGCCUUUGUCAGAUGUGACGGGUUGCUCACUGAGCCUUUUUAGGGACAAAAAUGACUAAUCCACGUGUGGCUAGGUACCACAAAAUGAGUCUUACGGACACUGUUCAAUGUUUUCUUCACACAUGUAGCGUGCAUUGGCUAGAGCACAUUGACAUCAGUGUUUUGUGUCCCAUGCUGUAGAGGGACUCACCCUGGGUGAAAUUGUAAGCACUUUCUAUUGAUUUCUGUUGUGCGAUACGAGUUAAAGGCCUGUAUAUUAAUAUGCUGCUCAGGCCACUUUCUAAAGAGGACUGUAAGAUUUAUUUUGCUGGGUGCCAUUGGUGUGAAUUCCAAGAUUGUAGAAGUCUCUGCCACGGUGCCGUAUUGAAUUUCAUUUUGUGGUGAGUAAGAAAGUUUGUAUACACUAGUAGCUUAAAAGUUUGUUUAUUCAAAGUUAAUCAAAUGUGUUGUCCUGGAAAACUGAUUGUGACUUUCAGUAACGUCUGAAGGUUCUGGCCUUGACUUAAAGUUAAUGAGUCAUCAAUAAUUAUGUAAAUACAUGUAGAGGUAACCCUGAAGUAGGCUAAACAUUUUUAUGAAAAUAUUCUCAGUCGUCGUAGGAAGGUUUUUGCUCUCGUAUUUAUCACUUUAACGUUUUCGUGUGCAGUCAAAAUCAAUGAAAUCAUGCUUCAAAGUCACGUCAGUAAUUUGUGAAAUACUUGGUGUGUUUCUAAAUGUAUUUUCAAAUGACAUUUUUAAUUUCAAUUUCAGAUGUUGUGCGGUGUUCUUGAGUUUUGUAAUUUCUUUAUAUAAAAAGAAUAGACUUAGAUAAAUUUUAUUUUGUGAUAAUGCACUCAUCCAAACUCACUCGUAGUUCUUAUGGUGUGGGGACUGCGUAGACGUGUAGCCUAGUUGUUAACGAGUAGGACCGAAAAUGCUGUUAGGACUCCUGGAAGCCCUUAUCAGAGAAAUCUUCACUCCCCGGCACCGAUCUUGGCAUACAAGGACACUGCCGUAUAUUUUGUCAUAGUAUAGUACAUAAAUAAACAAAAUGUAACUAAAUUGCAUGGAUCACGUGCCAAAUUUACCACAAAAUGAUUGGAAACUAUGUUUCCAGGAUCUGAGACCACAUUUUCACCAGUUAUUGAAGACGUUUUGUGGUAACGGCUAUGGUUUAGUGUACAGAGCCUCAAUCCCAUGACACUCGGUCCACACGAAACCCGACACACUUCUCUUCGCCAUGAAAGGGGGCCACCAGGAAUGUCUGUUGAAUUGCUGGAUUUGUCUAAAUACAGCCGCAAUUAAUUCAUGCGCUUUUAACCUUUGCUAACAGCAUUGCAAUUGAGUGAGUCCUAUGGGCGGCUGGAAUUUGCAGAAAUAUCACCUUUUGGUUGGUUUUUUAAUUUACCUCAAAUUUGUUCUAAUUUGUCCCAUUAAUUUGAAUAGGGUUACAUUUUUCAUUUAGUAUUUAGAAGUACAUGUAUCAGUAUCCUGGGAUCUGAUAGCUGCUUGGGAGUUUUUACAUUUUGUCUUAUUCUUUUACUAUUGCACCGACAACAAAUUAUAGUUUCCUGCGUCCACUUGCAGGAAAAACACGACAUUGACGUCAAAAGAGCUGACCGUGUUGAAACCAGUUCUUUGCAAAUCCAUCUUUGAAAAUAUACAUGCGUCGCCGACUACCCUACUCUUAACGGUGUGCUGCAAUAUAUCUAUUGUGAGUUCAGAUUGUAGUAAUUUUUUUUUUUUACGACAUCAAUGUUAUGAAUCCACGCAUAUUUAAAAACAAAAAAACAGGGUGCUUUUGGUUAAGAGUUCAAGCGUUUAUUCACUCACAAAGGAAGAUAAUUUUCAAGGAAAUGAUUGUUUAUUAUUAAUCAAAGAGGAAAGCAUACAUGACAGUAAGUGUCACCACUCCUAGAUCCUUCAGAGUCGACAAAAAAGGACUUGGUUAACUGGUCAGAAUUGAGGAAGAGACCAGCUACUUGUAGUGCUUUGCAAUACAUUGGUCUUGGCCUCCAUUGAAAGUUGAAGCGCGAAGAAUAUACCUUUGGUUUCCUGCAGAGUGGAGGAUUUUGAAAGAUUCAGGGAACCAUCUCAUGAUUUAAAUAAUCUGCAUACAUUAACCGUGUACAAAUUUAGUAUGUUGUCUGUAGCAAUGCAUACCGAAAUAUAUAUAAUUUGUCAAAAGAUUUUGCAAUAUUUCGAUUUGAAAUCAUCCCCCUUCUUGCACUGUAUUAUAUGUAUAUGUGAUAUCAUGUAUAUGUAGCGGCGAAAAUGGCCCACGUAGUUAAAGAAUUUGCUUCCCGUGAUCAGGUCGCGAUUUAUCAUAAAAGAAAAACCGGGACAAUAGAAAGUGAAUCAGAGAAACCAAGCAUUGACUUCUCAACAACAACAAAAUUAUUUAGACUGUCUCUUAAGUGCACAAAUUGAUGCACAGAUAUUUUGCCAAUUUUUGGCAGCCUCUCGACCAAUCAGAGGGCUGGAUUUAGCCCCACGUGUUCCUCAUUAACGUAAAAUGAGGAACGGAAAUAUUCCAUUAGUGUAGGGAAGUGUUUGACGGUUUUGUGAGGGGCUCAUGUAAAUUCGAAAUAAAGAAACGUAUCAUUAUAAAUAUGGUUUUGGAUUUGAUGUGCGUUUUCGUGUGUAUUCACGAAGUAUGUGAAAUAAAAAAUAAUUGUUUUCUCAGAAUU